AUGCCGACCCAAAAACCCGAAGAACGUGGCGAGUCGUCCAAUUCUGCCUCCAAGGCAGCUCUCACAGCUUCCACUAAUGGAAACUCAUCUUAUGAGCUACCAUGGGUGGAAAAGUACCGACCAAUCUUUCUCGACGAUGUCGUCGGCAACACAGAAACGAUCGAGCGACUAAAGAUUAUCGCAAAGGAGGGAAACAUGCCUCAUGUGAUUAUCUCGGGAAUGCCAGGUAUCGGAAAGACGACAAGUGUGCUGUGUUUGGCUCGACAGCUGUUGGGUGAAUCGUACAAGGAGGCCGUGCUGGAGCUCAACGCCAGUGACGAACGAGGUAUUGACGUCGUCCGAAACCGAAUCAAGGGGUUCGCUCAAAAGAAGGUCACUCUACCAGCUGGCCGCCACAAGCUGGUCAUCCUCGACGAAGCUGACAGCAUGACCUCGGGCGCCCAGCAAGCACUCCGACGAACUAUGGAAAUUUACUCCAACACGACUCGAUUCGCUUUUGCCUGCAACCAGUCGAACAAGAUUAUCGAGCCCCUACAAUCACGAUGUGCGAUCCUGCGAUACGCCAAGUUGACGGAUGCUCAGGUCGUGAAGCGACUGAUGCAAAUUAUUGAGGCGGAGAAGGUCGAAUACAGCGAUGAUGGUCUGGCAGCGCUUGUUUUCAGCGCCGAAGGAGAUAUGCGACAGGCUAUCAACAACCUGCAGUCUACAUAUGCCGGUUUUGGGUUCGUCUCUGGAGACAACGUCUUCAAGGUCGUUGACUCGCCUCAUCCGAUCAAAGUCCAAGCCAUGCUCAAGGCGUGCUACGAAGGCAACGUGGAUUCCGCACUGGACACCCUCCGAGAGCUCUGGGAUCUGGGUUAUUCGAGCCACGAUAUCAUUAGCACCAUGUUCCGAGUAACCAAGACGAUACCCACACUGAGCGAGCAUUCGAAGCUGGAGUUUAUCAAGGAGAUUGGCUUCACGCACAUGAAGGUCCUGGAGGGUGUACAGACGCUACUUCAACUCAGCGGAUGUGUUGUUCGACUAUGCAAGAUCAACAUGGACCCCAAGCGGUUCCGGCCAUAG